AUGCCUUGGGCCCGUAUCCAGUUGAAUGACGGAACCAGCAUUCCCACUCUCGCAUACGGUACGGGACGUCUGAAGAACGGGGAUAGUGUUGUUGGCUGGGUCAAGCAGGCAAUCACUGCAGGAUUCGUCCACCUCGACGUUGCGCAGGCUUACGCGAACGAAGAGGAGACUGGUAAGGCUAUCAGCGAGAGCGGCGUGCCGCGGGAGAGCCUCUAUAUCACGACGAAGUUCUCGGGGAGAGACAACCUGACCAUCCUGGAGGCUGCCCAGCAGAGCAUCAAGAAGCUGGGUGUCGAUCAUGUUGACUUGUAUCUCAUCCACCACCCUCGGUUUGCUACGCCAGAUAUUCCAACUGCCUGGGCACAGCUGGAGAAGCUCAAGGCAGAUGGUCUGACUAAGAGCCUUGGCGUCAGCAACUUCAACGAGGAAGAGCUGCAAGCCAUCUUAGACGUUGCGAAGGUCAAGCCAGUAGCCAAUCAAAUUAUGGUGCACCCGUACAACCUGGCAGCUCAGCUCCCAGUAAUCGAGUUCGGGAACAAGCAUGGCAUUGUGACCGAGGGUUACAGCCCACUCCAGUCGCUUAGGAGCACCCCCGGUGGCCCCGUCGACAAACCAGUGAACGAUAUCGCCGCGAGGCUGAGCGCGACGCCAGAGCAAGUCCUGCUCGCGUGGGCCAAGUCCAAGAACAUCGUCGUGAUCACAUCUAGCAGGGACCACGGGCGUGUGGUCUCCUUCCUCGGUGCUGGGGACCUCGAGCUCACUGCGGAGGACAUUGCUGCGAUCGACGAGGCGGGGAACAAGGGCGCACUCUGGUCUCGGGCAUGUUCCAAGGCUGGAACGGUGCUGCCAUGGGAAGAAGGAAAGUUAUACGACGCGUGA